AGCAUAUAUAAAUAGCCCCUACACAAAGUAGUGCCAAAAAACGCAUCAUAUAAAUAUAUCAAAUCUAUAUAUCUCUUGUUGUAGUCUUAGACAUGGGUAACACAGAUUAUGCAUACCCUUCGGGUAUGAACGUGCACCGUGUGGCCAUUCCACCUCCACAAUCCUUCUUGAAGUCUCUAAAGUACUCUUUGAAAGAAACGUUCUUCCCAGAUGACCCAUUGAGGAAGUUCAAGAACCAGCCAGCCUCUAAGAGGUUGUUGCUUGGACUUGAGUACUUCUUCCCAAUCUUCGAGUGGGCACCACAAUACACUCUUCAUUUCUUCAAAUCAGACCUCGUAGCUGGCAUCACCAUUGCUAGUUUGGCUAUUCCUCAAGGCAUCAGUUACGCAAAGCUAGCUAAUCUGCCUCCCAUUCUUGGACUUUAUUCGAGCUUUAUACCGCCAUUGAUUUAUGCGAUGAUGGGGAGCUCAAGGGAUUUGGCAGUGGGAACUGUGGCGGUUGGGUCGCUUCUCAUGGCUUCCAUGUUGGGUCGAGAGGUUAAUUACAACGAGAACCCAAAGCUUUUUCUCCACUUGGCUUUCACAGCUACAUUCUUUGCUGGAGUUUUGCAGGCAUCACUCGGUCUAUUUAGGUUAGGGUUUAUCGUGGAUUUUCUGUCACAUGCAGCCAUAGUAGGGUUCAUGGGGGGAGCAGCCACAGUGGUUUGCCUGCAACAGCUAAAAUCAAUUCUAGGUCUUCAACAUUUCACCCAUGAUGCAGAUCUCGUGUCAGUAAUGCGCUCUGUUUUUUCACAAACUCAUGAGUGGAGGUGGGAAAGCGCUGUGUUGGGUUGCUGCUUUAUCUUCUUCCUUCUCGUCACAAGAUACUUCAGCAAACGACGACCGAAGUUCUUCUGGGUGUCAGCAAUGGCACCACUAAUGUCCGUUAUACUGGGAAGUCUUCUGGUUUAUCUCACUCACGCCGAGAAGCACGGCGUUCAAGUGAUAGGAGAAUUGAAGAAGGGGUUAAAUCCACCUUCGGUGAUGGAUUUGGUGUUUGUGUCGCCUUAUAUGGGUACAGCCAUAAAAACUGGGCUUGUCACUGGCAUUAUUGCGCUUGCUGAAGGAAUAGCAGUGGGAAGAAGCUUUGCAAUGUUUAAGAAUUACCAUAUUGAUGGCAAUAAAGAGAUGGUAGCUAUUGGAACCAUGAAUAUUUUCGGUUCGUUCACCUCUUGCUAUCUCACCACAGGACCAUUUUCACGUUCAGCUGUGAACUACAAUGCUGGGUGCAAGACUGCAGGAUCAAACAUUGUAAUGUCAAUUGCAGUAAUGUUGACAUUGUUAUUCUUGACACCCCUUUUCCAUUAUACUCCCCUAGUGGUGCUAUCAGCCAUAAUUGUAUCUGCAAUGCUUGGACUCAUAGAUUAUCAAGCAGCCAUUCAUUUGUGGAAAAUCGACAAAUUUGAUUUUUUGGUGUGCUUCAGUGCUUAUAUUGGUGUAGUCUUUGGCAGUGUUGAAAUUGGCCUAGUCAUAGCAGUUGCUGUAUCUCUACUUCGAGUACUUUUAUUUAUUGCUAGGCCAAGGACAUUUCUUUUAGGCAACAUUCCAAAUUCUGCAGUAUAUAGAAAUGUAGAGCAAUAUCCAAAUGCAAAUCAUAUUCCCGGAAUCCUAAUUCUUGAAAUUGAUGCACCAAUUUACUUUACCAAUGCAAGCUAUUUAAGAGAGAGGAUCACAAGGUGGAUUGAUGAAGAGGAAGACAGAAUUAAAGCUACAGGGCAAACCAGUUUGCAGUAUGUUAUAAUGGAUAUGACUGCUGUUGGCAACAUUGAUACAAGCGGAAUAAGCAUGCUUGAGGAGUUAAAGAAGAUUGUUGACAGAAGAGGGUUGCAACUUGUUUUGGUCAAUCCUGGAAGCGAGGUGAUGAAGAAGUUGAACAAAUCCAAGUUCCUUGAUGAAUUGGGGCAGAAAUGGAUUUAUCUGACAGUUGAAGAGGCUGUUGGAGCAUGCAACUUCAUGCUCCAUACGCACAAACCAAACCCCAUGAAAGAUGAAUCAGAAGGUUGGAACAAUGUCUGAGUCUCAGUAAUGUAACAGAGAUUGUUUAGAUCUCAUGAAGCUUACGAGUUUUCUUCUUAGCUAAGUCAACCUUACACUAGGUGGCAUGAGAGUUUGAGAAUCAUGCUGCAAAGGAUUUAGAGGCAUAGGUGCAUGAGUAUUUUAAUUUCUCCAAAUGAUGAGUUGGAAGAAAGUUC